GUUGCGACUUUCGACUAAGAAGCUUGUUGUCGAUAGGUGGUCGGUUGCGUUUUAUACUCUUAAAAGCUAAGUACUAAAUGGCCUAUGAAACGAUAUAUUCGAAUCGAGAUAGUGGACGGGACUAUCGUAACGGUUCUCGCCAUGCUGAACAUGCAUAUGAAAAUUCCGUUUCAAGAAAACGUUAUCGGGAUGUUCCAUUCCAGUCACGAAUGCCUUUCGAAAAUGAUUUAAAAGAUAGGGAAUAUGACUACUACAAUCCAAACAAGGAAUAUGUUUCCCCCAGUAAAGAACUUCGACGUAGUAAACAUGAUGUAGAGAAGUUUCGCCAAGACCCGCGGUACAGUCGUGAUUCAAACACUAGUCCUGUUCCGAAAAAACGUAGUAAAAUGGACAGUCGAGUCGAAUCAUCUCCUCCCAAACCAUCUCGUGUACUUGGUGCUUUUGGAUUGUCUAUGCGUACCGAGGAACGGCAUUUGUAUGACAUAAUGAAAAAGUACGGCGAAAUAGAGGAGAUAAAACUAGUUCAAGAUAAUUUAUCUGGGCGUUCACGUGGUUUCGCGUUUAUAUAUUUUCGGUCUAUUGAAUGUGCUCGUUCAGCGCGCGCUGCAUGCGCUCGAGGUUUGGAACUACAUGAUCGUAUUGUUCGCAUUGAUUACAGCUACACUGAGCGACCACACAAUCCUACACCUGGAAUAUAUAUGGGCAAAGAAAAACGACUAAAUCAUGGUGAAUCUGGACGCCGGUCGAACUUUGCAGAGCACCAGAGAUCCGCGUACGGGGAUAGAAAUUCCAGACCACGUCCUUCUCAAAGAAUAUCUCGACGUACAACAGGUGAGCGACCCGAUCGUUACCAUCAGUCCCCAGAGGAAAACAGCCGACCUCGUAAUUCGUUAGCAUACAAUUCAAAUAGCCGUAGUCGCAUAGUGAGAACAAACAAUGGUGUCCAACAAAGUCGUUCUCGUCAACCACGUUCUGAUGUGAUGCGUAAUGCAUAUAACAUGCGACGCCAACCUAAAAAUGAGUAUGCGUCAAUGAACUACAGCUCUACAACACACUGAUAACAAAAUGCAUUUCAGUUUAUACCACUUAUGUUCUAGUGAAGUUCCUAUAUUUGAAAUUCGUUGUACUAUCACUGUCAGCGUUUGGAAUAUGAAGAAAUUGGAAUUUUGAACAACUGAGUUGAUCACAAACUAAAUAUGUUAAUCAUUGUUUAUUUAUUCUUAGUUUUAUGAAAAAUUUCCUUGUUAGUAAACGCUUUCAAAAAAAAGUUUGUUUCUCAUAUUUCCACUUAUUUUUAUAAUCCAUUUAGUGUAUCUGCUAAAACCUUGUUUUUAUCUUAACAAUAUUAUGAAUGAUCAACUGCGAAAUAUUAUUUCUCCUUGUUAUUUUUUUGAAAAUACAUAAUUUUUUCAGAGGAUUCGUUUGUUUUGAAAUU